GUCGCCCGUGUCGAUGAUGCUGGCAUAGGUGCCUUUUCCAGCCGUAUCGACGUACACAAACCAACCGGCUCGGCGUAGAAGAUUCAUGUAAGACUCCAUGGUCCCUCGCUCUGCAUCUCAAUGGUAUCGAGGUUGACUUGGGCGUCUGGCUCGGUGUAUGCGAUCUGAUUUUACAUCAGUUAUGACGGUACAUCAAGCCAGUAUGAACUGGAGAUAACCUCGGCAAGGUUUGGAAGGUUGAUCAAGUCAUUGGACCCAGAGAUGUGGUACCCCUUGAAGCCGCCGAGUUCAUACACGAAUUUUGGCGCAGUUCCUCCCAGGAUCUCCGUUGCCGACUGCUCACUGCCUAGGAGGUUGUUGGUGGUGCUCUGCUUCAAAACAGCGAUGACGCUGCCAGCAAUCGCAUUCUCGUAUGCCUCUAAGAUGCGGGCAACGGGCGCGAGAGAGGUAACUGCGAGAAAAGCAGUUUAGGAUUCAUUUUGAAUUCGAACUCCUCAUGGGUACAAUGUGGUAUGAGACUGGUUGAUUAGAAAAAGGUGGCCUGUUUCAUUAAGUAGAGCAGCUCAUCGUGAGCUCUUAAUACAUUCAGC